CCACCCACCGCGCUGCCACGCAGCCACAACUCCAUCGCAGGCAUCCCCUCCGACCUUACUCCACAUAAUUAAUGGAUAGUUACAACCCCACCGCCGAUGGAAGUAUCGACGACGAGGCCGUCUGCCUCUAUGUGACGCAGCUCGUCAGCUUAUCCGCCAUCACCAUGACCCUCAAAGCCGCAAUCGAACUAAAACUCCUCGAAACCAUCUCCCUCGCCGGCCCCGGCGCUCAACUCUCUCCGUCAGAACUUGCCUCUCGCCUCCCCAUCAUCUCAAACCCCCAAGCCCCCGUCAUUCUUGACCGCAUUCUCCGCCUCCUCGCCAGCUACUCCAUCCUCACUUGCUCUCUCUCCCCAUCCGGCGAGCGCCGCUAUGGCGCUGCACCGGCCUGUAAGUUCCUCACGCCCAACGCUGAUGGAGUUUCUAUGGCUCCUCUCGUUCUAUUGAAUGAUAAGGUUAUGACGGAGACCUGGUAUUACCUCAAGGAUGUGGUGAUCGAAGGCGGUUUUCCGUUUAAUAAGGCCUAUGGGAUGACAACUUUUGAGUACCAGGGAAUGCAUCCAAGCUUCCAAAAGGUGUUUAGUGAUGCGAUGACAGGCCAUUCGACUAUCAUUAUGAAUAAAUUGUUGGAGAUUUAUGAGGGUUUUAGUGGGUUGGGUUCAUUGGUGGAUGUGGGAGGCGGAGUGGCGGCGACGUUGGGGAAGAUUACGACCAAGUAUGCUGGGAUUCGAGGAAUUAAUUUUGAUCUUCUGCAUGUUAUCUCUGUGGCCCCUGCUCUUCCAGGUGUUGAGCAUGUGAGUGGAGAUAUGUUCGAAAGCGUUCCCACUGCUGAUGCUGUUUUUCUGAAGUGGAUUCUUCAUGAUUGGACCGAUGAACUUUGCGUGAAAUUGUUGAGGAAUUGUUGGAAGGCAUUGCCCGAAAAGGGGAAAGUGAUUGUGGUUGAGUACAUUCUUCCAGUGAUGCCCGAUGAAGCUAUAGCAACAAAAGCCGGCUUCCAAUUUGAUCUUGCCAUGUUGGCAAUCACCCCUGGAGGAAAAGAGAGGACAGAGAAUGAGUUUAAAUCAUUGGCAAAGGAGGCUGGCUUCUCUGAUUUCAAAUCCAUCUACAUAUUUGCUGGCAUUUGGGUUAUGGAAUUCAUCAAGUAGAUUGUUGCAAGACCUACAUGCAUAAAUGUUGGCUUGUUUUAUCUUAGUUAUGAUUACUCGUUCAUCAAUCUCUCUUGUUUCUCUUAUUUGGCAUUCACAAAUAGCAAUAUUUGCUUCUUGUGUUAAACCCAUUGUCAUCAUCCCUAUUAUCCCAACUGUUAUGUCUUUUUUAAUUUUAUCUACAAAACUACAGGCCAUUUGUUUUUGGUCUUUUUCCCCCAAGUGUUAACACUAUCUUCUUAUUAAUAGAAUAAAACAUUGAGGGAUGUUUGUUAA